AUGACAGAACUCUCUUUUAAUGCAGAACCUAAUGAUAAUACUAUUGCUCGUGAUCAAUUGAAGCCAUUUACAAAUCAAAUAGGAAGUAAUUUAAGAUUACAUGAUGAGAUUGAUGAUGAUGAACUGAACUCAUUUAAAAAUGAAAUAAGUAGUAUUUUAAGUUUACAUGAUAAUGAUGAAAUUAAAAACCAGGUGAUUGAUGAUUUACUAAACAAUGGUCGACAGUCAUUAGUAAAAUAUGAAGACAACUUUAAACCAAAAAUAUAUAGACCAGAAAUGAAUAGUGCGGAUAGUAAAUUGAUUGUAUUACUAAAAAAGUAUUUUUAUCGACGAUGUGAAGCACAAUAUGCGCUUUCAAAUGAAUGGUUUAUUUCAUUUCUUACACAAUAUCCAAAAGAAAAAGCUCCUGAUCUUCGCGAACGUGUUUUAACUCGUACAGCUGAACAUGGGAAUAGAUAUUUGAAAAACUGUCCAAUAUUAUCAAUUGUUUUACAAAUUCUCUUCGAAUAUAUUGAUGAUGUAUGUUUAAAAAAUGGAGGUGUGUUCGAUAAUCUAUGGACAACAAUAACAAAUGAAGGUUUGAAAUCAAUAACAAAAUAUUCUAAUUAUAUUAAAGAAGAGGUAAUGAAUGAACAGUUAGAUAAAAAUCAAUCAAUAUUAUUUCGAGCAUUACGGGAAUAUCAUCGACCACAAGUAUUUUCAUUAUUGAAAGAACAUAAUAUUCCUGAAACGGACACUAUGUAUGAUUCAACAUUAGAUGAAGUUGCUGAGAAUGGCUGGUCAACAGUUAAACAUGAUAUAAAACAAAAGAUAGCAUCGAAAUCAGACCAAACUCUUCAUUCUAACCAACAACAACAAGAAGCUACAGGAUCCAACGAAGGCAAACGUAAUUUGUAA